GUACUUUGCAAGAAGGAGGUUGUGUUCAACGACACAAGCUCAUGGUCGAUGGCGCUCUCGAUUGUGCUGUGCUAUUCCAUGACCAUUUUGGCGAAGAAAGCUGGCGGCAACUAUGCAAAAGGUCUGAGGGCUCAGAGCUUCUCUUCUGUGCCUUUGUCUCUUGGAGCUCCGAUGAUGACAUGGAAAAGGCUGCCACAAAAGAAGUUCUCAAACAAGUGACCGAGUUCGGUCAGAAGGUAUUUGAGGGCACCAAGGUGGUUGUGGUUGCCGUGCCGUCUCUGGCUUUCAAAUCCUUGGCCAACCUCUUCAACUUUGAUGUGAUUGGGACGCAAGACCAAGAGGAAGAGAUCAAGAUGGGAGCUGAUCACACCAACUUCGAAGGGAGGGAUGAGAACAAGGGAGAUCAGGCCAAGGGAGAAGGAGAGAAGCCUGCCGCAAAAGGGAAGGAGAAAUCCAAGGCCAAGCCCAAGCCAGAGGAGCCAGAAGAGCCAGAACCCAGCGCUGAAGACACGGACACGGAUGAGGAGGAGGAAGCUGCCCCUCAGCUGACUGUGAAGGCCAACCAGAACACGAAGAAUGUCAGUGCGGUUGUUGCUGUCAAGUGCUGGAAUCACAAAGUCAUUGCAAAGAAUCCUGUGCUGAAUGACGUGGCACAUGCUCAGAUGUCUGCGCUCAUUGGCAUUGACUUUGUGUGCCUGGCAGUCAAGCCGGAGGGCCAACUAGGGCUAUCUCUGCACGCUGGCACCUGCGUUGCUGGCGGGAUGCCCUUUGCAAGUGGGCGGACCUGGCAGGACUGCAGCCAGAGAAAGAACGGCCAGGACGUGGUGGUACAGGGCGCGGCGGCAGCAUUGGCAGCAGCCACUGCUUAUGCCGCUUCCAAAGCAGCCUAUUUGAACACUGCCCACCUUUGCAGCCAGCAAGGCGUGCAAUUUGUUCCCUUGGUGGCGGAGUCCACUGGUGCGUGGGAGCGGGCCGCCAGCCAACUCCUGCUACAGAUCGCUUGCAGUGCCGCUGCUCGGACUGGGGAUGACUCGGCCACUUUGCACAGCGACCUGCUGCAGGAGUUGUCUGUGAUCAUUCGCAGCCAUCGGGCCCGCGCAGUCCUUCGUCGACGCGCUGAGCUUGUUGGCUGA